UUGAGCCAAACCAACCCGCUAGUACGACUUCUCUGCCCAGUAGAGACAGCGGCCAGGAGAGUAGGCAUGUAGAAGCAGAGUGUUUACGCAGCUUGCUGUUUGUAAUUCUCUUGCCUUUACUAAAUAGCGUGGUUAUGAAAGACUGCGCCUUGAAAUUAUAACCUCCAUAAAGGAAAUUACUCGUAAACAUCACGAUAUUCAGGGAUUGAGCAAGAGGUAGUUAACAGAAACCAACCGGCGGGUCUGGCUCUCCGUGUCAGCGUGUGUGGGAAUGGCAGCUUCCCGACCGAUUAAAGGAAUCCUGAAAAACAAGAACAGCGGCGGAAACCUGAAAUCCUUCUCCGAUGAGGCGCCGGUGGAUGACACCGAGCACGGCCCGGGACUCUCGGAGGAUGACCACCAAAAGAAAUCUGCUAAAUGGGAUGAAAUGAACAUCCUGGCGACGUACCAUCCUCCUGACAAGGACUACGGCCUGAUGAAGAUAGAUGAACCCAGCACACCUUACAAUAGGAUGGUUGGGGAUGAUGAUGAUGAUGAGGGGGCACUAAGUGACUCAGACGGCCACGCUGGGGGGCUUGCGCCUGAUGACCUGGCCUCAAAGCUGGUGGCAGCAGAGGGGGCGGAGCCACGCUUCAUGAAAGAAGAGGAAGAGAGCAGCGAGGAGGAGGAAGAGGAGCUGACUCCAGAAGAGCAAGCCAAAAAGAAGCAUUUUCAGAUGAUGAGGAAGAUGCACUAUGAUGAGGGCCUGAACAUAAAGCUGGCUCGCCAGCUCCUUGCCAGAGAGCUAGAAGAGGAUGAAGAUGAGGAUGAAGAGAUGACGGAUGACACAGAGGACCUAAGGGAGGAGACGGAGGAAAUCACUGUAGACCCUCCACAGGAAGUUGAUUCCCUGGAGUCAUAGAGGACGUCUCCCAUCUUCAGCGCCGUGUCAGAUCAAGAUCCAGCGAGACGCCGCCGAUCGGAUCUGUGACCAAAAGUCGAGACAUUCAGCAAACACCGCUUCACCACCCAUGUAACAUCUCCCAACAGCCAAUAAGAUUACUGGUCACCUCUUUGUCUCCACUAUUCCGUAAAAUUGUGCAAUAUAACCUUUUUUCCUUAAUUAAAAAGAAAGGGUUUUCAGCUCCUGGAAUAAAUCUAACUUUCACAUGAA